AUGAGCAUCCCGACCCCACUCACACUCCUGCGGCUGGCAGGAAGGAGCCUGCUGAGGGACCAGGCCUCAGCCAUCGCAGCUCUGGAGUACCUGCCCGCAGAGCUCUUCCCCCAGUUCUUCACUCAGGCCUACUGUAGGAGAAUCCCGGAGCCCCUGAAGGCGGUGGUGCACGCCUGGCCCUUCGCCGUCCUCCCUCUGGGCUGCCUGUCACAUCUGUCCCUGGAUGAGGUCUUCAAAGCCGUGUUGGAUGGGCUAGACGUUUUGCUGGCCCAGGAGGUUCGGCCCAGGAGGUGGAAACUGCGGGUGCUGGAUUUAAGGAACACGGGAGCCAACUUCUGGAGAAUGUGGUGUGAAGACAGCACCCAGAAGUGCUCACGGACAGGACCAGUGGCUGUGCACAGCUCCAGCCCCAACAUGGAGCACCCCUUGGCUCCCUUGGAGAUGUUCCUAGACCUUAACUUCAAUGAAAGGGACAGGGAUAAGUUUUUCAUGUACAUCAUCCAAUGGGCCCGGCAGAGAAAAGGGUUGGCACACCUGUGCUGCAAGUCACUGAGGUUUUUUGAUGUGCCCUUUGAGAGGGCCAGGAUGGUCCUGGAUGCGGUGCAGCUGGACUGCUCCAGGAGGCAGCUGAAGUCCCUGCAUCUGUUUGGCCUCAGGCUUGCGGAUUUCAGUCUUGAGUCCCUCCUAGCUCUGCUGGAGGCAGUGGCACCCACCCUCGAGGACUUGGGCCUGGAUCACUGUGGGAUGGCGGAUUCCCACGUCGAGGCCAUCCUGCCUGUCCUGAGCCGCUGUCGCCAGCUCAGGGAAUUCACCAUGUCUGAGAACAACUUUUCCGUGGCCACCGUGGAGAAGCUGCUGCGCCACACAGCCGGGCUGCACAGCUUAGAGAUCGAGCUGUACCCCGUCCCCCUGGAGUGUUACAGGACCCAAGGGACUGUCAACCAGGAGAGACUUGCCCUGAUCCAGGCUGAGCUGACAGGGACCCUGAGGGAGUUAGGACAGCCCAGGAGCAUCCUGCUUGCCACCAAGCACUGUAGUGAAUUUUAUGACGUGGCAUUUUCAUGACAUGGAGCCCGUGAUGUGCCCCUGUAGUGACCCUGCUCAGGGGGUGCACCCAGCAAAGGCUUCUUUCUGGGCCUUUGGAAGCUGAAACCUCGGACCAGGGUGCGUUAUGCAGGGGGCACCCGCGUUUCAGGUUCAUGCUCAGCUUGAAUGGGGAAAGGGAGGGACCAAGCCCGGGAACAGGAUUGCAGGGGCCAAGGUUGGGGCGUUCAUGGGACCUCAGGGGGCAAGUGUCCUAGAAUCAGAAAUAUGAAUCUGAUUUGCAUGGGGAAGGGGGAGGGGUAUUUGGCCUCCAGCUGCAUGUGUGGGAGUUAAUCCUGAGGUAGAUGAUUGUAAAGGAAUGAUCAGAAAUAAAGACAAUUUCAAA